CCGGCUAUAGUAACCAAGUUUUAUUUCAUUAUUUUCCCACCUAACUCGUUGUAAACAAUGUACAGUUUUAAAUCAACAGCUCAGAAUUUUAUCCCUUGAAUUGUUUACCUCUGGUAAUUGAUUAUCCUGUUGAACAUCUUUUUACUCUUUGUUUACAGAAUUUUUUUGGGACCCUGAUGGAAGUAGAAGAAUGUUCAUCGUCCAAAGAAACUCAGACAAGCGCGGGUCCAUUCGAAAGGUAUUUGUCCACCAUUUUUGACAACCAAAGUGAAAACUAUUCUGGUUUAACCUUGUGUUCAAUUUGCUCGGAGCCCUGGGUUCAGGAUACGGAUCAUCGAAUAGUCAGUUUAAAAUGUGGUCAUCUUUUCGGUGAGAGCUGCAUCAACAAAUGGUUUGGCAGCACAAAACAUGGCGGUCAAAAGUGUCCUGAGUGUCAAGCGCCAGUCCGUCGACCCGAUAUUAGGACAUUGUUUGCAAAGACAGUGGUUGCCGUUGACAAAAGUGAGGAAUUAAAGUUGGAGAAUAUAGCGCGUAAAGAAGCUACUUUGUUGGCCAUGGCCGAGAUAGAGAAAAACAGUAUCACAACAAAUAUAAAAUUAUUUCAAACUCAGCUGCAGGGCCUGAAAAUUCAACGUCAAGAACUGCUGCUCAAACUUGAAAGAUUGAAAGCACGGAGUGGAGUGAAACCUGUUGCGGGAUUCGAACCCUCUGACCAACCAAUGAGUGAGGGCUCAGAAGUGGAAUCAAAGGGCUCAGUCUAUUCACCUUCAAUUGAAGCAUCGAAUCUCACUCCAGGUAAUUUUGUAAAAGUGCACGAUUUCGAAUUGUUUUCACAUGGCGACUGUCGACUUUUGGUGUCCUCAAACACGUACAAUAUUUUAGCCUGCAGUCAAAAAAGUAACAUUGAUUUAUUUGAUGGUUAUGGCAUACGGACCGUCGGCUACAGCGAUUUUAGACCCAAAAUGUUUAUCCCUCUGCACAAAGCACAAAUCAAAGACAUUGUAUUCCAUCCAAGUGAGCCUAUUUUACUAACCGCAUCAAUAGAUAAAACAGUCAAACAAACGCACACUCAUCAAGGCUCAGUGAUUUCAACCUGUUGCGUCGAGGAUGCGGCAUGGAGCUGUUGUUGGAAUGAAUCGAGUCCGACAAGCUUCUUCGUUGGCUUGAAAAAUGGGCAAGUCUUAGAAUUUGAUGUCAGAGCGCUUCAUCAUCCAUUAAAUGAACUGAAGACUUCUGAAAAGUUGCCGGUGGCUUCACUUUCAUAUGUCAAAAAUAACGUUAUGACAGGUGUUAUUUGCACCAGAUUACGUGGAAGCGAAUUUUAUGCCUUCAAAACUGCAAACAUAAGUGAGAGGUAUCCUAUGCCUAUCAUGGGCAAUUUCACUUCUGCAUAUUAUGAUAAUCCAUCAGCUAAUUUUUUAAUUAGUAGUCGCCCGUUUAAGAGAUCUGCAAAUAUUUCUCACUCCGUUUACAAUUUGCGGUUUGCAUUCAGUGAAUCGGAAGACAGCUACCUGUUUCAAUGUUAUCCCGUAGCUGAAUAUUUGGGAGGAAUCAGAGCUGAUCAUGUUUUGAGAAGCAAAAUUUAUGCUCAUCCAAACGGAAAUGGCCACAUUGUUUGCGUCGGCGAUCAAGAUGCAAACGGAUUUAUUGUUUUCGACUCAAAUCUGAUUACACCAUUGUUAAAAAUGAAAAUUGGCAGUCCAGUUUUUGACACAUCUCUGAUAAAACCACCUAACACCGAUCCUCAUCUGUUUUGUCUUACAGAUAAUAAAUUAAUAGUGCACAAAUGGUCUGCGUGAUAAUUAUUUGAUGUCAUGAAAAUCAAUCAUCAUUCUCUUGACUCUUGUCAUCCAAUUUUAUCGCAAUUUAUCUCUCAAUACCUGUUCUUUCUCUGAAAAAUUAUUCAACUAUCAUGGAAUCACAAUUUUCAAAAUGCAAUCGAAAUGCCCUUAAACCUGCCUAAUCAUCAUCGUUGGACAUCAAUAAACUGAACUACUGAUAAUUUUGUGUACAGUAUAAUUAAUUUUGUUAUAAUUGACUGAUUUUUCCCUGUGUUUAUUGCAUUCAUAACUUGUGUAAAUAUUGAUGUAUUUAUUAAUCUUUUGUACCUUGAAAACAGAAUGCUCAAUACAGUUACCUUAACUCAAUCCUGAAUUUCCCUUUCAUGCUUUCAAUUAUUGUAACUAAUUAUUAAUCAUCAAUAGUUUUAUAUUGAUUAAUCAAUGGUUCACUUUAACGACUUCCUAAAUCAACCAAAAUAUCAUUAUUCAACAUUGUACAAGAUUUGAAACCAAUGAAACUCUUUAGAUUUGUGUUUAUAAAUUUCAAUUGAUUACACCGGAAAAUAACAAAAUAUUUCCCUCAU